CAAAAGUUCAUUUCUCAUUGUAUUCUUCAAUCAUGAAGACUUAUAUCGCAGUGGUUCUAGCCUGCUUUGUGGCACUUGCAACAUGUGAGAUUGAUAUAGCUCCAAAUGUUGUAAAUGGAGUUGAUACAUCAAUUCUUGACCAUCCUUACAUGGCUGGAAUUCAUGUUAAUUGGAUGGGAAGAGGAUUUGUGCCUUUCUGUGGUGCAUCUAUCAUCAAUCGAAGAAGUGUAUUGACAGCAGCUCAUUGCUUAGUCUUUAAUAAUACAGCACAAGCCAGUGCUGCUGAUGUAAGAGUUUCUGUUGGAUCUUCAUAUCGUAUGGGAACAAAUGGAGUAUUCUAUGAUGUAUUUAGAAUGAUCAGACAUCCACAAUACUUGCUGAAUGAUGACAUGAUCCAAGCAGAUGUCGCAGUAGUUCGUCUAAUUUGGCCAUUGGUAUUUUCAAGAAUUGUGCAACCAAUUCCAUUGGGAAAAUCAAGAGUUGAGGCUGGAGACAUGGUCAUGGUUACUGGCUGGGGCUUUAUCAGCAGCGAUUCAACACAAGUGGCAACAAGAAUGCAAAGAGUUUUGAUGCAAGCUAUUUCAAAUGCUAGGUGCUUAUGGAUCCACAGAGAUACAAUUCCAUCAUGGGUUACAAGAGAAAUGGUUUGUUUGUUGGCUGGAACUGGUCAAGGAGUUUGUGGUGGCGAUUCUGGUGGACCAAUUGAAUUAAAUGGACAUGUUGUUGGUGGAGUUGAUACAUCCAUCCUUGAUCAUCCUUAUAUGGCAGGAAUUCACAUCAAUUGGUUUUCAGAAGGGCUCAUUCCGUUUUGUGGUGGAGCUGUAAUUAGUCGACGAAGUAUUUUGACAGCUGCUCACUGUUUAUAUGCAAAUUUAGAUAGAUACGCAACAGCACGUGAAGUUCAAGUUUCUGUCGGUUCUUCCUAUCGUGAUGGACGAUUAGGAAUGACGUACAGUGUUUUAAGACUAAUUAGACAUCCAAAAUACUUUUUAACUUACGAAAGAAUUGAAAAUGAUCUUGCAAUAGUUCGUUUAAUAUUUCCAUUAAUAUUUACAAGAGUUAUUCAGCCAAUUCCUUUAGGAAAGUUUAUAAUAAAUUCAGGAGACCUAGUCAUGGUUACAGGCUUUGGAUGGAUUGGAGAUGAUGUAUUUGCAACAAGAAUGCAACGAGUUCAGCUUAGAGCUAUGACUAUGCUAGAUGUUUAUGGCUUCAUAGAGACACUGUUCCUGAUCGAGUUACUCCGGAAAUGGUUUGUUUGGAAGGAGGACCAGGACAAGGGGUUUGCAGUAUCUGGAGACUCUGGUGGUCCACUUGAAAAGGAUGGCUAUCUAGUUGGUAUUACUUGCUGGACAUUACGACCAUGUGGAUCAACUCCUAGUGUCUAUACACGAAUAUCAGAACACUAUAAAUGGAUUAGUGAUAACAUUUAAUUUAAAGCAUCCACUAAUCAUUUAAUGACUUUAUCAUAUUUUAACAAAAAUAAUGUUCAUUACCGUUUUAUGAUGUGCAUUAAUUCCACAUUCAUUUGCAAAAGUCAAAAAUGAUUGCAAAUAGAAAUUAAGUUUUAUGAUAAUAUUUAAAUAGAAUUAUUCAAAAUAAAUUGACUGUAAACUUCAUCACAUUUUAUAAUUUUAAAUGAAUAGCUGAACAUAAUUAAUGAUUUAAAAUAUUGUUGAUAUAAACAAAAACCAACAUCAAGUGCUCUCAAUUUUUUAUAUAGUAAUGC